AGUAAUCACGCAGCUUUAAUUAAGUCUUGGUUACAUCGAUAGGGUAAUCUUAAACUUGUACAACAUCAGCUUUAAUGACGAUGAUGACCGUAUGGACCCAUAUUGUCCUUUGCUUUUAUUAUCAACUGCAAGCAAUUUAACAGGUGGAGAAGGGCAAUUGAUGAGAUGCUGAGUCAGCUAAAGGACAUAUGUCUACCGUGUGUUAAACAACUCCACGUCAGAUGUGCAGAAUUACCACGUUAUUUAAAUCUCUUCUUUCUCCUCAGACCCCUAACUAAGAGAGAAGAGAGAGAGAGAGUUCAUUAGAAAGAAAGAACAGGCAGCAAGCGAGAGUCCGAAGAAGUUCGUUGUUUGAAUAUCUAACUGCAUCUGCUGAUAAAACUUCUGAAGUAGAGAGUACUUUCCGAAUCAUCGCAGAGAUGGGUGAAGCGAACAGAGAAGAGAACAAAGGUGAAGAGAAAAAAGAAGAAGCCAAGGAUGAAAAGAAUAAGGAAGAGGAGAAAAAGGAAGAGCUUCCGGAGAUUGUACUCAAGGUUGAUAUGCACUGCGAAGCUUGUGCCAGAAAAGUUGCAAAAGCCCUCAAAGGAUUUGAAGGAGUGGAGGAUGUAGCCACAGAUAGCAAGGCGAGUAAGGUAGUGGUGAAGGGAAAGACAGCAGACCCCAUCAAGGUUUGUGAAAGGCUGCAAAAGAAAAGCGGUAGAAAAGUGGAGUUAAUUUCACCUUUGCCAAAACCACCGCCAGAAGAGAAGAAGGAAGAAAACAAAGAACCCAAAGAAGAAAAAAAGGAAGAGCCUCCUGCUGCGAUAACGGUAGUGUUGAACGUUCGUAUGCACUGUGAAGCAUGUGCUCAAGUUUUGCAGAGGCGAAUUCGAAAGAUCCAAGGUGUAGAGUCAGUGGAAGCGGAUGUGGGAAAUGAUAAAGUAAUAGUAAAAGGCGUUGUAGAUCCCACAAAGCUGGUUUAUGAUGUAAACAAGAGAACCAGAAAGCAAGCAUCCAUAGUGAAGGAUGAAGAGAAGAAGGAAGAAGAGAAGAAAGAAGAGAAGGAAGAGAAAGAAGGAGAGAAGAAAGAGGGUGAAGAAGGCAAAGGAGAAGAUGAUAAGAAGAGUGAUAUCAAGCGAAGUGAAUAUUAUCCAUCCAAGUACUACUCCGAGUUUGCAUAUCCUCAAAUUUUCAGUGAUGAGAAUCCAAAUGCUUGCUCUCUCAUGUAACCACCAAUUUCAGUACUUCUAGUUAGCCAACCAUGCAAUUUUCCUGGUAGUUACCCUACCAUCUAUAUAUAUAAUAAUGAUAACAUCUUGCCAGACGAAAGUGAGUGCUUAAUCAUGCCAUCCUUGACGACAUAUCCUAUGUAAUUAUAGGUCUUGUUUCUUGUCAUCUUGAGUUCAGAACGAUGUAUGGUUAUGGAGUACAGUUCAAGAGAUCUUUAAGACGUUGUUUGUAAUAAUAAUUGACUUUUCUGAAGUUUCUUUCUCUUAAUUAAUUCACAUACCAUAAAAUAGCCAACAGAAGU